UGGGUCCAGAAUCCCAGACUAAAUUUCCCAACCCUGCGGUGUCUCCAAACCCUUUAUCGCAUCAUAAAGGUGCCCAUAUAUGGCUGCAUGCCAUGGUCGAACGCCCAAACACCAACACUCCCCCAUCGGCCUCUCCUACUACACUUCACCCCCUUUCUCGCUCCUCUCUCUCUAUUCUAUUACCGGCCUUGCAUGCUUUCCUCCCGACCCUCUCCACCUUCGCUGAUCUCGUCCUGCCUCCCUCUCUUCUCCUCCCUUGCUUGAAUGGAAUCUGGCCUUGGAAUGACGGCGCUGGUCUUCGCUUCCCCUCCUCUCAAUUCCUUCUCCAUUUCUUGAUCUUUUCUGUCUCUUGUCGGCGGGUUGCCUGAGCUUUUGACUUGGCUUCUUCUCUCUCUGGUGUUGGAGACUUGGAGUCGGUUCUCAUGGGACCCGUAAGAGGGUUCAAGAAGAGGAAGAGGGCCGAAAAGAAGGCCGCCGAGAGGUAUGCGUCCGCCGCCGAGCGGAUGGAUUCGGGGCAGGAGCCUGGAGAUUGGUGGGAUGGUUUCUCCGGAAGGAUUGCAGGAUCCCUUUCUUUGUCAAAGGAGCUGAACGAAUUUGAGUCCAUCUUCAAGGUCUCAAGAAAAACCUUCAACUACAUAUGCUCGUUGGUGAGGGAAGAUCUAUUGGCCAAAACUACAUUCUUUACUUGCACUGAUAACAAGGUUCUCUCUGUAGAAGACCAAGUAGCUGUUGCCUUGAGAAGGUUAUGCUCUGGUGACUCACUAUCAUCUGUAGGCUUGUCGUUUGGAAUGAACCAAUCAACUGUUGCCCAAGUGACCUGGCGGUUUGUGGAGGCUAUGGAAGAGAGAGGUAUCCAUCACCUCAGGUGGCCCAAUUCUGAAGAAAUGGAGACGAUAAAGUCCAAAUUUGCAAAGAUCCAGGGCCUUCUGAACUGUUGUGGCGCCAUAGACACCACCCACAUCAUGAUGUGCCAGCCUUCAGCAGACCCUUCAAACAAGGUAUGGGUUGAUCAUCAGAAGAACCAUAGCAUGGUCUUGCAGGCUAUUGUGGACCCUGAUAUGAGGUUCCGAGACAUUGUCACUGGCUGGCCAGGGAGCAUUAAUGACUUCCUAGUGCUUCAGAACUCAGAUUUCUUCAAACUGUGUGAGAAAGGUUUGAGGCUUAAUGGGAAGAAGCUAGAGCUCCCAGAAGGGUCAGAAGUGGGAGAGUAUAUAAUUGGAGAUGCGGGGUUUCCUCUUCUUCCUUGGCUUGUCACUCCCUACCAAGGAAAGGAUCUUCCAGACUCGAAAACUGAGUUUAACAGGAAGCUCUCAGCAACUGGAAUGGUGGCACAAAGGGCACUGGCGAGGCUGAAGGAUACUUGGAAAAUCAUUCAGGGGGCGAUGUGGAGACCUGAUAAGCAUCGGCUGCCUAGAAUAAUUCUUGUUUGCUGCUUGCUGCACAAUAUUGUCAUCGACUUAGAAGAUGCAGUGUGGGAUGAGAUGCCAUCAUGCCAUCAGCAUGAUCCAAGUUACAAGCAACAAUUUUGCAAUUUUGCUGACCAGAGUGGAUUAAUUCUGAGAGAUAAGCUGUCCCAGUUUUUAUCAGGAAGACUACCACUAUAAAAAGAGCACCCAAUUUGUAUUUCUUUUGUUUCUGUCCCGCUUCUUUCAUUUGUACUGUUGCUUAUCAGGAAGAUUACCACCAUAAAAAGAGCGUCUUUCAGGCGUACUGAUGCUUAUUUAGAAACUUGCUUCUCAAUAUACUCCAUUAUGCUUGGUUGGUGUUUUUUUUUUCUUUUUCCUUUUCCUGUCUUUUCAAUCCUCGCAGCUGCUUGAUGGUCCUUGCCAAGUUGGUAAUUCUUUUUCACUUGUUGAACAAGAACAUGAAAGCCAAGUUCUUUUCUGGUCUCUGGAUCAUGCAUCCCUUUCUAAGAAGAAUUGUUAGCAAUCAUAUUGACCACUCUAUAAUCCAGGCAAGUAGAAUUUUUAAUGUAUUUAAUCUCAUUUAUAUUUUCCAGUCCUAAAUAAUCGCUGAUCAAGUAGCUAUCACUGCUUCGGUAGAAUGACUUUCUAAUUUAGUGUUCUCAAGCCAAUCAUCCAAAAAGAAAAAACAUCAGCAAUUGUUUAAUUAGACAGAUACUGUUGACAUUUGGAUAGCAAGUUAGAGAUAGUCGGGAGAACGUCACUCUGCUGUAUUUUACAAUUCGUUGAAUUGGGACACCUAUGCAUGCAUUAGUUUUGAUGCGUAAUUUUCUUUCCUUUGGUUAGUUUAGUGCUUGACAUUUAUGCAAUUGCAAGUUUCAGUGCAAAAGAAAUGACAUUUGACUGCGGACAUUCAUCAAAAGAAAUGUUAGGUUACCUAAAUUUUCAUCAAUUUUUUUUCAUUUUGAUGCAUGGCAUUUUUUUUUUAAAGUCAGAUAUAUUAUAAUUUUUUAGUAUUAAUAUAUUUAAAAAAGUUUUAAAAAAAAUAAAUGCGGAGGAAACUUGCAGUUCUCAGAAAUUUAGUUAGCUGUACUGUUUGCUACACCGUAAGCAUGAGUAAUCUGAAAGCAUGUAUGCAUGGCUUUUGCUUCAAAAUGCUAUAUUUCAGAGGCUAGAGCAGCUGGUGGAGGGCGAACAGGAAACAGCGUUUACCAUCCCGCCUCCGGACAAUCCCUUAUAAAGGCUUCGUUCGGGCAGGUCUGAUCCCCGUGCGCGAUAGUCGAUGGAUAGUAGCGUAAAGGGCUCCGGCCGAUUAAAACCGCUCGCCAUUUAUAGGAUUUAUUUAAAAAGCAUUGCCGCUGCUAGGGUUCUUGCCGUCGUCGUCGCCUAAUUCUUACUCGUCCUGCGUCCAAUAUAGGCCUUGAUUUGGGACUUUGCUGCGAUGGAGGCGUCGAAGAUUUUGAAGGAGAAGAAGUUCUGGAUCGCUUCCUUCCUUGUUGUGUGGGCGGCCGCUCUACAGGCACAUAUGAUGUGGAUGCAGAAGCAAGACGCUUUCAAGCAGAAGUUUGGGGAAUUGAGCCAAGAAAAGGAUGGAGACGAUUGAAUUACCGAUCGACCUUAUCAGGUUCCUCCGAAGCCGAAUCAUAGACGAUACCUUUAAAGACGUGAACCCCGUCUCUUUUAUAGAUUAUUCUCUUUCACAUUCUUGUCUUUUGGGAUUAUGUGGUCUAAUGAUCAUUUGAAGUAUAGAACAUCAAGAAAAGAGAAUAUGAACACCAUCUGCGGAGUUCGUGGAUUAGGUAUGUCUUUUAUUUUUUUGGGUAAUAAUGGAGGAAGUAUUUGUUGCGUUGUUUAAUCUUGUCUUAUUGGAAUGGAGGCGGUCUGUGUGGUGAGAUAUAUUGCCCGCAAACGAUGAUGUUAAUUGGAGUUUCUUAUGCUUUGCAUACUUGUCUAUUUGUAGCCGGUCGGUAGCUCUAAAUUGACUGAUUCUAGGGUGCAAAGGGAUGCUUAGAAUAUUAUAUAUGAUAUGAUGUUAGCUCCUGUAUGAUUUCA